AUGAGCGCAACUUCCACACGCUCUUUUCUGUCGCUCUACUUUUUGUUCUCGGUUCAUUGGAAAAACCGGCACCGGGAGGCUGUUUACAGAGCCAGACCCGGGAUGGGCUCUCUGGCGGCCCUGCGGACUGUCCUAGUCUUGGGCCUGGUGACCGGACUGGCGGGAUGCGCCCCCGGCCUGAACGGGACGGCCGACCGCUGGGAGGCCCUCUACUCCCGGUCCCUGGCCCGGAUCCCAGGGGAGAAGCGGGGGGAGAUCAGCCGGGACAGCGACUACCUCCUGGGCAUUAAAAGGCUGAGGCGCCUCUAUUGCAACGUGGGAAUUGGCUUUCAUAUUCAGGUGUUACCGGACGGCAGAAUAACGGGAGUGCACAACGAAAAUCGUUACAGUCUUCUGCAGAUCUCUCCAGUGGAGAGAGGGGUGGUGACUCUCCUGGGCGUUCGCAGUGGGCUCUUCGUGGCCAUGAACCGCCGAGGAAAGCUAUACGGAUCUUUACACUACAACAACGAGUGCAAGUUCAGAGAGAAGCUCCUUGCCAACAACUACAACGCCUACGAGUCGGUGGCCUACCCGAGGAUGUACAUCGGCCUGAGCAAGAACGGCAAAACAAAAAGAGGAAACCGAGUGUCACCCGCCAUGACAGUGACACAUUUCUUGCCAAGAAUCUAA